AUGUGGCAUAACAAUCCGGGGUUCUGUCGGGUUGUUGAGGAUGUUUGGGAUUGCUUUCUAAACCUAAACCAUGCCACUUCAUUCUUCAAAACUCUGGCUUCCAAUUGGAAUAAGGAAGUCUUUGGGAACUUAUUCGCUAAGAAAAGAAAAAUUCUUGCUAGAAUUAGUGGCCUUCAAAAAGCAUUGGCGGUCAGACCUUCAGCUUUCUUGAUUUCCCUAGAAAAAGAGUUAUCUCUAGAAUACACUGCCAUCCUUAACCAAGAAGAAAAAUUUUGUGCCCUUAAGUCUAGAAUUGACUGGAAGAUUCUUGGAGAUAGAAACACUGCUUUCUAUCACAUUAAAAUAAUCACCCGCAGGAAGCACAACAAGAUAAGACGCCUUAAGGACAAUCUUGGUAACUGGUUGGACUCUGAGGAUCAAGUUAUAGAUAUCAUCCUAAAUGGCUUCAAAAAGAUCUACCUCACAAACCAUACCUCCUCGGUAACUCCUUCAAACUUUGAAUUAAACUGGGCUAUAUCUCUCGUUGCCAAGGACUCCUUAAGACUAUCAACCAAUGUUUCAGAACAAGAAAUUCAUAAAGCCAUGUUCUCUCUUAAGCCCUACAAAGCCCUUGGUAUGGACGGGUUGCAUGCUGGGUUCUUACAACAUUUUUAG